AUGGGUCGCGGAAAGAGAGGACAUCGAGGCGGCGGCCGCGGCGGUCGUGGUGGCCGAGGGGGUAGUCGCGACAAUCGUGGAGGUCACCGUCCCUACCAAACAUACCCCGAGGUGCCCAAAGAGAAUAAGCGACUCGAACAGUAUUACAACACACUGGUCGACCUGCCUGAGGAGGAGAGGGUCGAGUUCUGGGCUGCACUCAAGAGGGAGUUGCCUAACAGUUUCCGGUUCUGCGGGUCGAAAGGCCACGCCCUCGCCGUCAAGCGCUUGCUACAGACGAGAUACAUUCCCGAAAUCACCAGCAUCACUCACGAUGGUGUUACCGUCGCUCCGCCGACGGCCGUUCCUUGGUACCCUGACGGACUCGCCUGGUCUAUGACCACCCCGAAGAACGUCAUUCGUAAAUUCCCCCCCUUCGCCGCCUUCCAGAAGUUCCUCGUAUCCGAGACCAGCGUGGGGAACAUCAGCAGACAAGAGGUGGUGAGCAUGAUUCCGCCUCUGCUCAUGGACGUCAAGCCGGGAAUGGCUGUCCUCGAUCUCUGCGCUGCGCCGGGCAGCAAGGCCGCCCAGCUACUAGAGAUGAUUCACCGUGGUGAGGAGGCUCGCAUUCGGCAGGUUAUCCGGAGCAUCUCUGGUGAUAAGGCUACAAACGAGGAUGUUCUGGAGGAUGACGAGACGACACGCCUAGAAGCCGACCCUAGCGAUGAUGGCAGAGCCACCGGCAUGCUCAUCGCCAACGACGCCGACUACAAGCGCAGCCACAUGCUUAUCCAUCAAUUGAAGCGUCUGUCUUCGCCCAACAUGAUCGUCACCAACCACGAUGCCACCAUGUACCCCUCGCUCAGGAUACCGAACCCCGAAAACCCCUCCAAGCCGAACUACCUCAAAUUCGACCGUAUUUUGGCCGACGUCCCCUGCUCCGGCGACGGAACCCUCCGAAAGAACGUCAAUUUGUGGAAGGACUGGACUCCCGGUAAUGCCUUGGGUCUACAUCUCACACAAGUCAGGAUUCUUGUGCGUGCUCUCCAAAUGCUCAAGCCCGGUGGCCGCGUCGUCUACUCGACCUGCAGCAUGAACCCUGUCGAGAACGAGUCCGUGGUGGCUGCGGCCAUUGAGCGGUGCGGUGGACCCGACAAAAUCGAGAUCCUCGACUGCAGCGAUCAGCUCCCCCUACUGAAGCGGAAGCCCGGUCUUCGGAAGUGGCAGAUCAUGGACAAAUCAGCUCGUCUAUGGAACUCAUGGGAGGAAGUCGAGGAAUACGUAAAGUCUACCGAGGAUGGCAUUAUUCCGGGUCGCCUCGUCGAGAGCAUGUUCCCGCCGUCCGCGAGCAGCGACUGCGCUGAUCUUCCCCUGGAGCGGUGCAUGCGGGUGUAUGCUCAUCAACAGGAUACCGGCGGCUUCUUCAUUACUGCCCUGCAAAAGAAGGAGGAGUUCAAGGCGAAGCCUGAGGAAAACAGGAAGCAGCCUCCCAAGACUAACGGCAAGGCUAAUACUGCCAAACGGCCGUUGGAGGAGGAGGGGGACAAAGAAGAGGCCGGUGUUAAAAAACUGAGACUGUCCGAGGAGCCUGCCAAAGAGCAGCCGGCUACAACCGAACCAGUGGCGGCCGUAACAGAGGAGGCCGAGGCAGAAGUUGAAACCGGGACGAAGCCCGAGGCUAUCGAAGUACCAGCCACCAACGACGCCGUUGAAGCAGCCACCCCGGUCCCCCAACCAACAGACUCAACAUCCGCAACUCCCUCCGUAGCAACCCCCGCGGCCACAGCCGCAACCCCCACCGCCCAGGAUUCCAUCCAGGAGCCCAAGCGCAGGCCGGACGGCCCCUACGAAGAACCCUUCAAAUUCCUCUCGCCCGACCACGACGUCAUCAAGAACGUGGCCGAGUUCUACUCCAUCUCGCCGCGCUUCCCCUCGGACCGGUACAUGGUGCGCAACGCCCUCGGCGAGCCGGCUAAGGCCAUCUACUACACCUCAGCACUGGUGCGCGACAUCCUCGUGCUCAAUGAGGGCCGCGGCGUCAAGUUCGUGCACGGCGGCGUCAAGAUGUACGUCAAGCAGGACGCGCCGUCGGCCGACGUCUGCCGGUGGCGGAUCCAGUCCGAGGGCAUCCCCAUCCUACACGGCUACGUGGGGCCGGAGCGGGUGGUGGUGCUCACCAAGAAGGCGACACUUAAGAAUCUGCUCGUCGAGAUGUUCCCCAAGAUCGCCGGCGACGACUGGCGCCGCAUGGACGAGAUCGGCGAGCGCGUCCGCGACCUCGCCCUCGGCUGCUGCGUCCUACGCGUCCAGCCCGAGGGCGGCGACCCGGACUUCGCCGAGAGCAUGGCCCUGCCCCUGUGGAAGAGCUUCCAGAGCCUGAAUCUGAUGCUGCCCAAGGAAGACCGCAGCGCCAUGCUGCUGCGCAUCUACAACGACACCACCCCGCUCAUCAACAUGGGCAUUCAGAAGAAGCCUGCCGAGGGCGCCGCCGCUGAGGCCAAGGAGGCCGGCGAUGGGGACGCCGAGAUGAAGGACGCCGCUCCUGCUGCUACCAAGGAGGCGCAGGAGGAGGAGGAGACCGUCGGUGCGGCGGAUGUCGAGGUGGCGGAUGCGCCCGCUCCUGAGGCGGCUGAGGCGGUCGAGGCCCAGGCUGCGGACACCGCUACUCCUGCGGAAGGACCAAAAGCUUAG